GAUGACAUUUUAAUGCAAAAAGAUUUAAAAAUUGAAUCUUUGAUUUCUGAAAAUAUGAAAAUGAAUGAUAUGAUAAAGCAGAAACAAUUGAAAAUUGAAGGGUUGAUUAAUGACUAUGAACAAAAGAAUAAGAACUUAAAAUCUGAAAUCGAAAAAUUGAUAUCAGAUAACACCGAGUCAAUAAAUCAGAAACAAUUAAGAAUUGAAGAAUUGAUUAAUGACUGCUAA